AUGCCACCGCCCUCAGACCAUCCGUCACUGCAUCUCACUGUCCUCCCCAAUGAUUUUUUUGUCGUGCAGCUCAAGCACCACGAAGGCGAUGGUGAUGUUUUGAUCAACUUGACCAGUCAACCAGAGAGAUUCUUCUCGUUGACUCGGACAACUGAAGAGGUGUCGGUCGUCGGGGAAAUACAUAAAGACCUCUCUCAGAGGUAUCAUGAUCAUUCUGGAUGGCGUUGUAUCAGAAUUGCAGGCCCUAUGAAAUUCAACUUGACAGGCAUAUUAGCCAGUUUUACCCUGCCUCUGCAGAAGGCUCAAGUCCCAGUGUUUGCUGUGUCCACCUGGUAUGUCCGUUUUUGCUAUCGCCAGGGAAUGUUACCAACUGCGUUGACAACGAGGAAUACCGACUACGUGCUUGUACCCAAAGAUAAGCUGGAGAUGGCGGUGGGGGCACUGAAGGAAGACGGCUGGACGUUCAUUUCGUAG